AUGAGCAAGAACGCAACAAAUUCAGCAGCAGGACAGUCUCCAAAGCUGGAGAUUGCAAUCGCCGGCGGAGGCAUUGCGGGGCUGAUCUCGGCCAUUGGCUUGAUCAAACACCCAGGCGUCAACAUCCAUGUGUAUGAACGUGCUGAAGAGCUUCGGGAGAUCGGAGCAAGCAUUGCCCUCGGGCCUAAUGGGCUCAGUUCUUUGGAUAAUCUAGGGGUCAAAAACGCGUUUGACGACAACAUUUUGUACCGCCAACGAUCUGGAUGGCCCAUGGUCUAUCGCCAUUGGAAAACGUCGGAGAUUAUUGGAUACGAUGAGCAUCGGAACGUCAAAGACAAGAGAUUCAUUACCACCAGGUAUCACCGCGCACACCUCCACAAGGCACUCUACGAGAAUCUUCCGAGUGAGAUAGUGCACUUUGGUAAGAAGUUGGUGAAUGUAAGCGCGGACCGAGACCAGGGUGUUACUUUAUCAUUCGAGGAUGGAACUACUGCCAAGGCAGACAUUUGCAUUGGGGCCGAUGGCAUUCACUCUACUGUCAGGAAAACUCUAGUCCCUGAACAUAAAAUUCACUGGACAGGAUGGGUUGCGCUACGUGCGGUCUAUGAACAGUCUCGUCUGGAUGGUGUUGACUACCCUGAAGGCGCCGCUCACUGGAUUGGUCAUAAUAGGCAUUUGUUUGUGUCGCCACUGGGAAAGGGGCUUUACACAGUUGUGGGAGGCUACCACGCGAAUCUGGAUGACCCCAAAAGCCAAGGCCAUGGAGUUAGGUGGGACGACCAAGGCGAUGUUGAACAGUUCAGGUCUUUUUACAAGGACUGGCAUCCAGCCAUCCGCUCCAUCACAGAGGCUGCGCCGUACAUUCGCCAAUUUCCGGGCUACGCGGCUGACCCCCUGGAGAAUUGGUCAUUUCACGACCGAAUCGUCCUGGUCGGAGACGCCGCGCACGGCCACGGGGGUGCAUUUGCGGCGGGAGGGUCCCUCGCUAUCAAUGAUGCACAUGCACUGUCCCUGGCUCUGUUCCACGUCUGGCCGCCGUCAGCGUCUGCCAGGAAGCCAUCGGUAGCCGAUCUACACAAAGUCUUUGGAAUCUACCAAGCCACAAGAAAACCGCAGGUGGACAGACUGCUCGAUUCGGUGCACAAAUCUGUUGCUGGUCGAAGGGUCAAGACGGACAACGGGGCUGAAGAAACCGAUGAGCAGCUGCGCAAGAGGGUAAGCGAACGGAUGGAUCCGUACUGGGUUGCCGAGCAUGAUGUCGAGGCUACGUUCGAGGCUGUGGUAGCCAAAGCACCCAGCUCUGGGCACCAAGUGCUGGGAAACAAGCCGCCACAGGCACUAUUGUAG